AUGUCCCUCUUCAAGGAGUACACACCAGAGGAUCUUGCAUUGCACAAGACAAAAACUGAUCUAUGGAUCGCCGUGCACGGGAAAGUUUAUGAUGUUACAAACUACGUCCGCGAUCACCCUGGUGGAGCGGAUGCCCUCUAUGAUGUCGCCGGAACAGACGCCACCGCCGCCUACGAGGAUGUUGGGCACUCUGAAGAUGCCGACGAGAUCUUGAAGACUUAUCUAAUUGGCACCCUUCAAAGUGCCCGCGAAUUUACAAGACCCAAGCCCAUUCGGGUCAUCCAGCAGCCACAACGACAAGUCACAGAAAAGCCGUCAAGCACCACUGGUGGCAAGAUUGCCAUGACUUUUUGCUCGGUUGGUGGCUUCACCUUUUUGGCUUUCCUCCAUUAUCGCGGUUAUCUAUGCCAUGGAAAGCUCGAUGCCUGGCUUUUCAAGAACUUGUCCAACUGGAUACACACGAUUCCGAUGCCGAAACUAAGCCUCGGACAAGGGGGAUUCUCCAAUGGUUUCCUUACUGCCGCGAGUGUUUACACAUCUAUUGCUGCUGUCGUCGGCUCUAAAUUGUUGAAACUUACUCAAAUAAAGUCUGGCUUUACCCGUUAUCCGUCGCACUUCAAGAGCAAACAACUUGCAGAAGUUGACCCGCACCUCGUCAAAGGGUUUCUGGAGCCUAAGGACUUCAAAGAGCUUCCACUCAUUGCGAAAACGCAGCUUGCACCAAGUGUAUACAGAUUCAUCUUCGCACUUCCUCAUUCUGCGGAUGUCAUUGGUCUUCCAAUCGGUCAGCAUGUGGCCAUCAAAGCCAACAUCAAGGGCCAGUCCGUUUCUCGAUCCUAUACGCCAACAUCGAACAACCUGGAUCUUGGGGUACUGGAAUUAGUGAUCAGGUGCUACCCAGAUGGUUUGCUUACUGGUUCAUACCUUGCCGGCCUACAGGUUGGUGACAAGGUCCUCUUUCGAGGCCCCAAGGGUACCAUGAAAUACCAAAAGAACCUGUGCCGACGCAUUGGCAUGAUCGCUGGUGGAACCGGUAUCACUCCAAUGUACCAACUGAUUCGUGCCAUUUGCGAAGACGAAACUGAUACCACGGAAAUCAGUCUGAUCUACGCCAAUCGCACGGAAGAAGACAUUUUGCUGCGCGAGGAGCUGGAGAGAUUUGCUCGCAGAUACCCCAAAAAUCUGAAGAUCUGGUACAUGCUAGACCAGCCUCCGCAAAAGUGGAAAUAUGGGAAGGGCUACGUGACACCGCAAGUUAUGGCAGACAAAUUACCGGCACCUUCUGGUGAUACGAAGAUCAUGCUAUGUGGACCACCUGGGAUGAUCAAUGCUUCGAAAAAGGCACUGUGUUCUCUCGGAUUUCAAGCCCCGGGCUCUGUCUCCAAGAUGACCGAUCAGAUCUUUUGCUUUUAA